AUGACGGAGUACAAGCUUGUGGUGGUUGGAGAUGGAGGUGUCGGGAAAUCCGCCCUCACUAUUCAACUCAUUCAAAACCACUUCGUUGAAGAAUACGACCCGACCAUAGAGGACAGCUACAGAAAGCAGGUCGUGAUAGACGGCGAGACUUGUCUUCUCGACAUAUUGGACACUGCCGGUCAAGAAGAAUACUCGGCGAUGCGCGAUCAGUACAUGCGAACUGGAGAAGGAUUUCUUUUGGUGUUCGCCGUCAACGAAACCAAGUCGUUCGAAAACGUCGCCAACUACAGAGAGCAGAUUAGGAGGGUGAAAGAUUCAGAUGAUGUUCCAAUGGUGCUGGUUGGAAACAAAUGCGACUUGGCAUCCAGAUCAGUGGACUUCCGAACUGUCAGCGAGACAGCCAAAGGAUACGGAAUGCCAAAUGUAGACACAUCGGCCAAGACACGUAUGGGUGUCGAUGAGGCCUUCUACACACUUGUUCGAGAAAUUCGCAAGCAUCGUGAGCGUCACGACAACAACAAGCCCCAAAAGAAGAAGAAGUGCCAAAUUAUGUGA